GCGGCACAAAAAAAGGUUUCACUUUAUCAAUGAUGUCUUGUUUCAAGGGCAAUACAUCCCCUUGAAGAUGGCUGAGACAGAGAAAUAUUAGCCUCGAGGGCGAUACAGCCCUAGCUUCCAAUUGCUGUCUCACCUAGUCCAAAACACAUGUAUCAGGGCUGAUACACUACUAGUCCCUAAGACCUGCCAACAGAAUAUGGUCAAGAUUGUUUUUAUGCCAGACAAGAGGAUAUGUAGAAAGAGACCCAAGGACAAUCAAAGUGGGAGAUUUAGUGUUAGAGCCAGAGUACAAAAGGCAUAUGCCAGAUGAUGGGAAGACUCCCUUUGUCAACCUCAACAGGAUGCUGAAUGUUGUGGAGGCGGACUUUGACAAGGAAAGCUUAAAGCAGUUUAUGCAACGCAAGAUAGAUGUUAAUGAUAUUGCAGAACAGAGAGUGGAUGCGAAAACAAAGGAAAAAAUUGGUAAAGACUUAGCUGCUGCUUAUGUGGUUGUAAAGUCAGGGGGGCGUAUUCAGUUUGCUGGAAUGGAUCGAUGGAUUGAAAAGAAAGGGAGUCAUAUACCACUACCUAAUCACAAUAUACCUAAUCUCAAAUUACAAGUGGCAGAUCUAACAGGCAGUUCCAUCAGAUAUGAAGGAUUAGCAUUUCUGGAAGGAACAUCAAUAAAGAUGCUGAUUCUAAGGGAUUGCCAGUAUAUUGAUGAUUUCUGCCUGUCUCGCCUGUAUAAGAUUAGCAAUACUCUGGAGUUCUUGGAUAUCAGUGGAUGUACCUUAGUAACAGAUAAUGGCCUUGCGGCUCUUUGCAAAUUGAGAAAUUUGAAAGGUUUACGGAUCAAUGAUUUACCAAAUGCUGGGAACAAGGCUUUGAUUGCUGCUUAUCUGUUAGAUGAAAACCCAGAAUUGAAUGUUCUUGGAGUGGAUCUUCCAUCAGAUCAUGAUAAAGAAAUGCCAGAAACAUCACCAGAGGAAAGUGGACAAUAUUCUGAUUCUUCAAACAAUUCCUCCGACAAACCACCUACAUAAUCAAGUUCAGGGAAGUCCUCAUGAAAAUGAAGCUGUAUUUGGCUAAUAAGUACCAUUUAACGGUAGUUGAAAACUUAUCUCAGAUCUGUUUGCCUUGAUGAUGAAAGCGUUGCUGAUGUGAAAUGAAGUUUUCAGCAUAAAGUUGUGAAAAGGACACAAGCAUUUUACCCAUAACGUUUGGAGACAGCAUUCUUAGGUGAUUGCCCUUUACUCUCUGUGAUAAUUUGAAGCCAAGAUUGAUGAAUCAUUCAUAUUAAUAUGCAUCAGACCUUACAAAUGCAUUUUUGUCUUUUAUUUCAAAUGAGAUUUAACUGAACAUUAUCAAGAUACAUGCAUUACCUGGUAAGCUGAUCUUUGUUGACAAGUGAGAGGAUAAGUUGGAGUAUCAGUCAGACUGCCAUUUUUUACGGUAGGCAUCAUCCAACAUUUGAUGCAUACCGGUAAAUCUUGUAUGUUUUUUAAUAUUCACUUUUAUUUAAGAAAUGUUUUUGAUCAAAAAUGAUUACAUUAAAAAAUAAAAUAAA